CAAAACUUGUUUUCUUAUCGAAUUUUAACACUGCUUUUUGGGUGUAAAAUUAUUAUUGGGAUACAUAAACUCAAGUGUAAUCAAAUGGAAGUAAAACAAGAAAUUAGUGGGGAAACGUGUAAACUAGAGAUAGAGUAUAAUGAAUUGGAUGAUGCUGGUUUGAAUGGCUUUGAAUCUCAAAUUCAGGAGGAAUCCAAUAGGCAAAUUACAUAUGAUUAUUUAGACAUAGAGAAAUGUCCCAUUAAUACUGAUAUAAAACAAUAUGGAAAUAAAAUUAACCCAUUUGAAGAAAACCAAAAAACUGAAAAAGGUUAGAUUAUCUACAAGACGGACAUAAAAUGGAAAUUAUGGAGACAUUAAUUGAAGAUUCAUCUUACGAAGGAAAUUAUAUGAAUCAACAUUCUG